CAACUCCUGAACAAACUUCUGUUUUGCGGCCGAGUCUUUUGUUUGGCAUGCUGAGUCGAGUGAUGCUACAAUAACACACCGAUAGACGACAAUCGCUGUUCGCAUGGCCGGACUCGCACCACCUCGCCAAUUCGAGCGCGACUCGCUGGAACUGGCUUCCCUUGCUUCGUCGGACCACAACUCGCGCGAGAGUAUCGACUCUUCAGCCUCUGGCGUCCCCUCUUCGCGCAAGCUCUCCUUUGACGAUGAUCACCUCGGGACUCCCGGUCCUAGCAGCAGAGGAAAUGGUGGUCGCAUGAACAGAUCCUACUCGGUCUCCUCGGCCUUCGACUUCGCUCCCGCACUAUUCCCCCUGUCGAACUCAGGAGCAGGAUAUACCGCUAUAGGUGCUCCAAGCGGCCAGGCUUUGGCAGCAGGAGGAGAAGGAAGCUUGGAAAGACACAAAUCUUUGACACUUUGGAAAGGCGGUCUGUCGCUGGUCGUUGGCCUCAUCAUUGGUUCAGGCAUCUUCUCGUCACCCGCGCAGGUCAACAUCAAUGCCGGUUCUCCGGUUGCAGCCUUGACAGUAUGGGUUAUUGCUGGUCUACUCGCUUGGACUGGUGCUUCGAGCUAUGCCGAGCUGGGUAGCGCCAUGCCUCUCAACGGCGGUGCGCAGAUCUACUUGAGCAAAAUCUACGGCGAAUGGGCUGGCUUCCUCUUCACGUGGUGUGCUGUUGUCGUCCUGAAGCCUGGUUCGGCUGCCAUCAUUGCCAUCAUCUUUGGAGAAUACACCGUCAGAGCCUUCAUUGGCGCCGACGCUAUGGACGCAAGCAUCUGGAUCAACAAGGCUGUCGCGCUGGCCGGCUUGAUACUGGUAACUGCACUGAAUUGUAUUUCCACCAAAGUGGGCACUCGCAGCACUGAUGCUUUUGUGGUGCUGAAGUUCGUCGCGUUAGCUGGAGUCACCGUCACCGGCAUCAUAGUGGCCAUCACUGGCUGGAGCUUUGAAGGCAACGCAUCUCAGGACUGGAAGCAACCUUCUUUCUGGGUUGAUGGCACUAAGCAUGAUGCGGGAAACUGGGCUGUUGCUAUUUAUGCUGGACUCUGGGCGUACGACGGAUGGGACAACGUCAACUACGUUGCUGGAGAGUUCAUCAACCCUCAGAAAGAUCUACCACGCACUAUUCACACUUCGCUCUCGAUGGUCCUGCUUUCUUAUCUGCUCGCCAACGUCGCUUACUUCUUUGUUUUGCCUCUGGCCACCAUCAACUCGUCCAAUACUGUCGCCGUGGCAUUCGGCCGCUUCGUUCUUGGUCCUGUUGGCUCCUUCAUUCUUGCUCUAGUUGUAGCUGCAUCGUGCUUUGGCAGUCUCAACGCCACGACCUUCACCUCUGGUCGUCUCGUGUAUGCCGCUGGAAAGGAAGGGUAUCUACCCGCCUUCUUUGGACAGAUUGGCUUCUCGAAGGAUAGCGCCGUCCGUCUUCCUUACCGCCCCUCUCGAGCAUCUCGCUUCACCCGCCUCAUCGCCGACGAUGGAGUUGGCCUAUUCUACACACCAGCAUAUGCGAUGAUGCUCAAUGCAGCUUUGACCAUGGUUUAUGUUGUAAUCGGUAGCUUUGGAACCCUCACCACCUUCUAUGGAGUCGCUGGGUACACCUUCUACUUCUUUACAGUUCUCGGCUUGAUUGUUCUCCGUGUCAAGGAGCCGGAUCUUGAGAGACCAUACAAGUGUUGGAUCACAACACCGAUCAUUUUCUGCUGCGUCAGCUUGUUUCUACUCAGUAGAGCUGUUUUUGCGCAACCACUGCAGACGCUGAUAGUGGUCGCAUUUAUCCUGGUUGGAUUCCCAUUAUAUUGGUGGAGAAUGAAAGGCAGGAGUGGCCAAGGAAGGCAGCAAGCCGUGAAGUGGAAGUUCUGGGAACGAUGGACACGACGAUGAUCAAUCUAAUGUAUAGAAAAAGACGCGUAUGACUUGGAUAGAA